CAACCUCAAAGAGAGCUCUGAUACCAUACGAACCCAGAAAGAAGCCGAAUGGAUAGAAUAAUGCGACGCAUAUGACAGUCUCACCGAGCUGAUUGGAGAGCGAACGUGUGAAUGCAUCUACAACAGCUUCAGGAUAAAGAUCAAGCCUGUCUGCCAAAAGUGCUCGUACUGGGGUGCAAAAUUCAAUAUAACGAUCGCAAUUCACGAGGACUAUCUUCCUCGAGACACUUACCAACGAGAUGCAAUGCUUUUUGAGCUUGGGAUGCCUCAGUUCUUGCGAGUAUAUCGAGACACGACAUGGAAUAUUUGUAGCACUCUUGCGUAUCCUAAUAAACCCGACGAUCUGGAGUCUCCACAAAAGCUCGUAGAGGACUAUGGGAAUGUCGCACGUAUGGACUACAUCAACUGGAUUCCUGGGUGUAUUACUCUAGGAUCCGAUGUGAAGGCAUUCAUCGAUACACAUUACAAAUGGCAAAAUGUCAAGCUGGAGCUAUCACGCAUCGUUCUUCCAAACGGCCUCAACUUGGCAUACUGUGAUAAGCACGGGCAACGAUGGCUUGCUCAAUUUGAUGGACCUUUAACAUUGGAACACUUAUAUGGUAUUUCGGUACCUCAUAGUCUUAGCAUUGCGGUAUUUCCCAAGGAAUCACAUCCAGACACCAGUUCAUCGGGCCCCAGCUCACACGAAGUCAUGGCAAACCAAUUGUCUUGUCCUCGAUCUGUUCUGGCACAAGAAUACAUGACCUUGCAGCAACUUCUUGCUAGCCGGAAUUUGCGAUGGCCGCUUAUCCUUCGUGAGCUAAAAUCGACAAACCUCGACUUCAAGAAGGAAGAGACCGUACUUAUGAUUGGCCAUCUCGCAAAGCAGGCCGGCCCUGCCAGUCAACAACACGGUGUCUUGGGCUACUUUCACUUCGUGUUUCAAGACUCUUCGUUCUGUAAUCAACUGGCCGUCUCUGUCUUGGUCUUGAAGAUAUACCCUACACCAGGCAACUUUGAAGACGUCCCAGAGCUCGAAGAAGCCGAGACCGCUGCUCAGCUGGCCCGCAAAGACCCACGAGGCUUUUUGUUAGAAUGGCUUACUUUUCGACGCAAGGGUCAAGAAAUUCAACAUACAGCCAUUAGAAUCUUGUACCUUCAGCGCCACAUUGAGCAGGACCACUCAAGCCCUGUAAUAGUCACUGCGUGUAAUGACGAUGUUGCCCUCUCCGGGGAAGCAACGCAUGACCCCGAGCCGAGUGAUCAUUCUGAAGAUCAUGCAACGGAAGAGUCCGACGAUGACAGUGAUUGGGGGUUGAUGAACGACAGGGAAGAUGAAGAUCAUGGAAAGGGUAUGGAUAUCCCUUCUCUUGAUGGAUAG